AUGGCCACCGUCGCUGCUGCAGAUGAGCAUGAAAGCAAGGAAGUGCAUGCACUGGCGCAGACCCUCUACACACAUUCGGCUCAAGUUUCUGAAGACCUUGCACAGAGUGCCUUGAGUAAUAUCCAGUGUGCAAAACCCUUCAGCGUGCUGUUGCUCCGCAGGCCUGGCGGAAGUAGUUCAUGGUGGAUCAGAUGGAUCACAUGGCACUCCAAAACAAUCCUACGCAACCAGAGUCAGGUUUACAAAUCCACACACCCCUUGUGCUGCAAUGUGCGGCCAAGCUUUCAUGAUUGCAAAGAUGUGUCACACCUUGCGGGUGCUAUGAGGGCAGGGCCAGAGCAAGGUCGCUUGUCACUUGCGCCGCCUGCUGCCAGUGAUCCUUUAGGCUGCGCGACAGCACAGCAAGGCCCUGUCACACAAGAGGUGGUGGUAGAAAGCAUGGUCAUUUUUAUGGACGCAUGUGCGACGAUUCCUCUACUUAAAAUCGCGGUCACGUGCUAUGACAGGCCCGCAAUCUGCACACAAGCACAAAGUCUCGAGCACACGCAUGGGCUUGGUGUAGCCCUAUAA